UCCCACGCAAUUUUGACCUGUUCAACUGCCGCAAGGCAUCGCUAUCGCGCUCUGACAGCAUCGCAUCUCCAGUUCCGUAACACCUCUGUCCAGUUAAAAUCAAUAUCGCCGCGUGUCUUUUCUUUACAUCAUUGGCCUCAACUACAGUGUAAAAAUUCGGUUUAACGUCUACAACCAAACUGAUUUAUCAAAAGAAGAUAAAAAGCAAAGGGAUAUGCCGAGAAGAAAGCAGGAAUUAUGAAGCUCUUUUGCUAUGUCUAAGGCAGCCGUGAGGAAGCUGCACUGGCGCUCCAAGGUCCAGGAGAGCUUCAUCCCCCUGGUUGGUUCCUCUGGGGAACUGGGGGUGGCCGUGGGUGGCGGAGCUGACUAUGGAGAGUUCCCAUUCGUCACCGCAACCCCCGGGGGCGGGUUCACAGUGGGCGACAUCAUCCUAGAGAUUGGGGGUACCCCUGUGUUAGGGAUGACACUAGGAGAUGUCCGUGGGGUCCUUAACUCCUGCCUCCAUCCCAUCCGCAUCAAGACGGUCUCACCAGGCUCUGCCUUGUGUAAGGACCUCAGGCUGUAUCUGAGUAAGUGCUUCACUCCAGGUUCCAUGGACAGCCAGCUUCAGCAGGUCAUCCGGGAGAACCUCUACCUCCGAGCAGUGCCAUGCACGACCAGACUGCCCCAUGCUGGGGAGAUCUCAGGUGUGGACUACAACUUUGUCUCCAUAGAAGAGUUCUUCUCUUUGGAGGAGUCAGGAGCUCUUCUGGAGAGCGGCAAGUUCAAAGGGAACUACUACGGCACCCCCCGGCCAGUACACAUUGGUCCAGAGAGUCCUCCCAUCACCUACCAGGAACACCGCAACCUGCUCCGGAACUUCCGAACACGCAGCAAGUCGCUUAGCAACCUGGAGAAAGCAGCCGAGGAGGGGGAGAACAGCGAGGAAGAUUCUGGCCUGUCAGGCAGGUUUACCAAAGACAGACUGUCCCGUAAGACUAUAUGGGUGACCAAUCUACUACAGUCAUAUAGUGUACCAGGGUUCACAGACGAGCCAGGGGAGCUGAGGGGUUUCUCUAUCCACACACGCUUCUCUAAAGGUCCCAGGGGGUUUGGUUUCAACAUCGUGGGGGGCAGCAGAGCCAGGGAGUUCCUCCAGGUCUACAGUGUCACGCCAGGGGGACCUGGAGCUCUCAACACAGCAGAUAUCCUGGUUUACAUCAACGGCGUCUGUGUCCUGGGAACGUCCCACAAAGAAGUGGUAGAGAUGCUGAAGGCAGUUCCUGUGGGCCACAGUGUGGACAUGGUCCUCCGAAGGGGAUACCCCAUGCUCUACAACCCCGACGGCUGCCCCAAGCAGCCCCAUCCUGGGUUCACCGACAUCUGUGACCCCUUCCUCCCACCCACCACCACACAGCCCCAACCCUCACACCAGCGCCUCCCCCUCCUCCGCCCAUCCACAGCCCCAACCCAGACCCAGUAUCAUAAUCUCAACGGGGUCCUUUCUCACCACCAUGACGUGGGUUAUAUGGGUCCAGGAGUGGGGCCAGGACUGGAUGCCAAUGGGAAUGCCACCUCCACAACUACCCAAUCACCAUCCUCUUACAGACACUCCAGCGGUCAUCUUUCUCACUCCGCUGACCCACCAUCGUACAGACGAUCCAGUCGCUACCUAUCUGACUCCACCUCCCCUACACCACCCUCAUACAGACAAUCCAGUGGUAGCAUCACUCCCACCACCCCCCCGGUCCGCCCGCCCCGCUCACUGAGGGGCCUCGCCCGCCUGCAGGCCUCUGACAACUGCCAGAGUGACAGCGAAGUGGUCUCAGCCAUCGGCUCACACAGGGCAUUCAUGAUCCGUAACCACAACAAUAACUCCCUCUAUACCCCCCCUCAGCCCCUGCGUUACAGAACCUCUAAGAGUGACCUGCCUGAGAGUGCCCUGUCCACCUCCUCCACCCUCCCUGUGUCUAGACUUCCCAUGCCCAAGUCAGAGACACCCCGUCUCUCGUCCUCCCCUGGCGGAGGGGCGUACUCCCGCCUCAUCAGGCCCCAGGCCUCCCUGCUGAGACCCCCUCCCACCCCUGACAGCCCCCACCUCAGCUUCAAUGGCUUCCAUGGCUAUACCAGCGGCAGCGGCAGCCCCAUAAGCAUCUCGUCUCCCGGGGCGAUGAGCCUGGGCAGUGGCUUUGGGGUGGGAGGUGGGGUUGGAGGUGGAGGGGAGUUGGUGCCAGUGGCCCUGGCUCAGUGUGAGGGUGGAGGGGGAAUGGGUUUCAGUGUGACGGCCGGGGGACAGGGGGGAAGGCUGGCCCUUGUCAAGAGGGUCUGGGACAGGAGGCAGUGCUCCUCCCUACAGCCAGGGGAUGCCAUCAUGAAGAUCAACGGAGCAGACGUCCAGAGUCUCAGCUUUGCACAGGUACAACAGGUUCUCCAGGAACACACCAAACAAGGAGAAGUGGUCUUAUUGGUUCACAGAAGAGGUUCACACCGUUCUUCCAUCUCCCCCAACUCUAUGCAAAGAGUCCCCUCACCACUUCUCUGCCCCCAUCCUCCACCCGUGGCAUCAGACAACAAUCCUUCACCCCCUGCGGACGUCCUGAUCCUACCCCGUCCCUCCUCCACCCCUCCUCCCCCGGCCAUGGUGCGCUCCUCUCUGGUCCAGAGCACCAGUUUCCUGGAGUCAGUCCCAGUCACCCUCACCAUGGAACCCAAAGACUGGCUGAACGAGGGCAUGGAGGAUGAGGGGGACAGGGAGGUGGUGAUCCCAGGACCAGGGCAGGAGGGAGGGGGACGGAACCGUGUGCCCCGGGGGGUUGAUGUGGAGCUGAGGAGGAAGCCAGGAGAGGGGUUCGGAUUCGUCAUCGCUUCAGAGGAUGUAGAGAACAGGAAAGCCGCCUCCCUCCUCCCUCACCGGUUCGUGACGGUGCGUCGGGGCAGUCCUUCGGCGAGGAGCGGUCAGAUCCGACCCGGUGACCGGUUGGAGGCGGUCGAUGGGCGUUCUGUGGUGACCCUACCCCACCGGGAGCUUGCCCAUAUCCUGCGCCGAGCUGGAAACACCCUACGCCUGACCAUCAUCCCCCGUCCUAGCACAUACUCAUCCAGCCUAUCAGAGACCGCAGACUAUGACCCCAAUUACAGAAGCAGAAAAGGGCACAGGUCACGACCCAAGCAUGACUCUAGGUAUUACAGUGUGGAUCUAGACCGCGGCCCAACAGGUUUUGGGUUCAGUCUGCGGGGGGGAAAUGAGUACAACAUGAGUCUGUACGUACUAGGACUGAUGGAGGGAGGACCUGCCUCACGCAGCCACAAAAUACAGGUAAGUGACCAGUUGGUGGAGAUCAAUGGGGACAGCACAGCAGGGAUGACCCACAGCUUGGCUGUAGAGCAGAUACGCAGGGGAGGACACCGCAUACACCUGGUGCUAAAGAAAGGCAACGGAUACGUACCAGAUUACGUGGAGCUGUCCAGUCUGUCUCUAUGUAUGACCAACUCCAAGCUAGGCGAGCCUUGCUUCUAUGUCAUCGGCCGGACAGAGAAUACGCGGCCGUGAGCGCAGAGUCACCUCCCCCUUCCUCCCACUGCAGCACCCCAAGGAGCAGAGUGUGGCUGCAGUAGACCUGGCCCGCC